AUGGAUAUUGUAGUGAACAUCCAUGACCAACCCCGGAUCGUGGUUCCUUUUGGAAUCAUCCAAAAACAUCCUGAGGCGGAGCAGAAGUCGAGGCAGAUGAUUCCUGCCGCUGCGGAUCGUUUUACGGAAGUAGUUCUCGCCCCCAGAUCACAAGUUCAUGGAGAUCGCCAAAACGGCUUGUCCGCCCGAAUCCCCGGGUGGUGCCUCAGGCAUGACAAUUCACGAUUAUACGAAACGCAGUUUGGGGCCUUUGUGAGCAACUUCAAUCUUUCCACCGACCUUUGCACCGUGGGACCAGCGAUCGAGGACCAGCAUAGCUUUCUCUUCUCACCGACAACUCUAGUUGUUUCUCAGAAACUAUUGCCAGUGUUCAGCGAAUGUAAGGUCAGCGUCAAUAAUGACAUUCUUUUCCCUGCGAACGUGUACACCAUGACAGACCCACGGUAUCUUUAUGACCCAAAAUUCGACUUCGAGUGGGAAGACAAGGCAGAUUCUCUCCUCUGGCGCGGAGCUUCUUCCGGGGGGGGGGGGAUUGCAGCGGCAGAUAGUUGGCACCGUCUGCACCGCCAGCGAUUGGUUCUUCUCUCCAACGGAACUUUAAACCACAAUGGACAAGUCUCGAUCUUGUCCGAGAACGCACAACACGCCUACGAAACAAAUCGUUACUUCAAUUCUUCUGAUUUCACGCAGAAGCACUUUGAUGUUGGUUUCACGGAAUUUUGGGGCUGCAUCCCCGAAGAAUGUCCAUUUUACAACUGGGUGUUAGGGGUGAGAAAUUCUACCCAACUGAGUGAGCAGUUCAAGUCGAAGUAUCUGGUCAAUGUGGAUGGUCAUAGCUUCUCAGGUCGAUGGCGUGCAUUCCAUUUUAGUAAGUCGUUGAGCCUCAAAGCGACAAUCUUCAGAGAGUGGCAUGAUUCGCGGCUCUUUGCAUGGCGGCAUUUCGUUCCGCUGGACAAUCGAUACGACGAACUCUACUCCCUUAUGACCUACUUCAUUGGCAUGGGUUCACCUGUAGGGAAGGGCAUGCAUAAUGAUCAGCAAGAGCCAUACAUCCGCAGCCAUGACUUUGAAGCAAAGAUGAUCGCGUCGGAGAGCCGCGACCAGUGCUGCGCGACGAAGAUAUUGAAAUCUACAUACUCCUUCUACUGA